AUGCUUGCUUCACGAAACCUCUCAACGAGCUCUCUGCUGACGAUCUGCUGCAAAGAGCUCUUGUUUCUAGGCCGAGAAUACCCCUUGGGAUACCAAUACUUCCGAGAUCGGCUACAUCGCGCUUUUUCAAGCCAGACUCAGAUCACCGAUGAAGAUCAGAUCCGAAAGGGCAUAGCAAGGGCUGAAUUUGUGAAGAAAGAGGUUGAAGCACUGUGA